CAUCCGGUGCUUGCAAACCGUUACCAGCUCCUACAAAUGGGCAGAUAAACUGUGGAGAUUCGACGAUAUUUUACCGCUGUACGGCCAAUUGUAACUCUGGUUAUCAGUUUGACAAUGGAGAUACCACAAUACAGAAGGACUGUGAUCCCCAGUAUGGGAUGUAUUUUGGUUGCCCAACAUUUCCAAAAUGCAUACGUAAUGAUUCAAACCCUUUCGGUCUCGGACCAUCCGAUGCUUGCAAACCGUUACCAGCUCCUACAGAUGGGCAGAUAAACUGUGGAGAUUCGACGAUAUUUUACCGCUGUACAGCCCAUUGUAUCUCUGGUUUUCAGUUUGAUAAUGGAGACACCACAAUACAGAAGGACUGUGAUCCUAUGACGGGGAUGUUCUUUACUGGCCCGACAUUUCCAAAAUGCAUACGUAAUGAUUCAAACCCUUCCGGUCCUGGACCAUCCGGUGCUUGCAAACCGUUACCAGCUCCUACAAAUGGGCAAAUAAACUGUAGCAAUUCAACUAUAUUUUACCGCUGUACGGCCAAUUGUAACUCUGGUUAUCAGUUUGACAAUGGAGAUACCACAAUACAGAAGGACUGUGAUCCCCAGUAUGGGAUGUAUUUUGGUUGCCCAACAUUUCCAAAAUGCAUACGUGGAGAUUCAAACCCUUUCGGUCCCGGAACAUCCGGUGCUUGCAAACCGUUAGCAGCUCCUACAGAUGGGCAAAUAAACUGUGGAGAUUCUACAAUAUUUUACCGUUGUACGGCCCAGUGUAACUCUGGUUAUCAGUUUGAUAAUGGAGACACGACAAUACAGAAGGACUGUGAUCCCAUGACAGGGAUGUUCUUUGAUGGCCCGACAUUUCCAAAAUGCAUACCUACCUGUAGCCCAGCUUGCCAGAAUGGAGGGACUUGUGUUCAGCCCAACAUCUGUUCUUGUGCCUCUGGGUGGAGAGGGACUUUCUGUGAAAGUCCUGAUAGGAAAUGUAUUCAGCCCACUGACCCCAGCAAUGGACAGGUUCGGUGUCAGAGCACGGCCACCACAAUGCAGUGUUCAAUUUCCUGUCAGGGGGGUUACAAAUUCGAGUACACACCCCCCACAGAGUAUGUCUGUAGGGACGGCACAUGGAGCCCCAGUCCUACUUUCCCCAAGUGUAUCCCAGCUGGGCAGUCCACAGGUAAAUACCUAUAG